CGUCCGCCGCGGCCGCCGCUGGGCUGACGUGUCCGUUCCCCGUCAGCGUCUCGACGAGUCCGGCUGUGAUGGCGGACGCCUGGGAGGAGAUCCGGCGGUUGGCGGCUGACUUCCAGCGCGCGCAGUUCGCCGAGGCCACACAGAGGUUGUCAGAGCGAAAUUGCAUUGAGAUUGUGAAUAAAUUGAUUGCUCAGAAACAGUUAGAAGUAGUUCACACACUUGAUGGAAAGGAAUAUAUUACUCCAGCCCAAAUUAGCAAGGAAAUGAAAGAUGAGCUCCAUGUUCGGGGUGGCCGAGUAAACAUUGUUGACCUACAACAGGUAAUUAAUGUGGACCUUACUCAUAUUGAAAAUAGAAUUGGUGAUAUUAUUAAAUCAGAAAAGCAUGUUCAGCUAGUAUUGGGACAACUAAUAGAUGAGAACUAUUUGGAUCAUUUAGCAGAGGAGGUAAAUGAUAAGUUGCAAGAAAGCGGUCAAGUAACGAUAUCAGAAUUGUGUAAGACUUAUGAUCUUCCAGGAAAUUUUCUAACACAGGCACUCACUCAGAGAUUUGGUAGAAUUAUCAAUGGACAUCUUGAUCUUGACAACAGAGGAGUAAUUUUUACUGAAGCUUUUGUAGCUCGACAUAAAGCUCGCAUCCGUGGACUUUUCAGUGCUGUUACCCGACCUACAGCAGUGAAUUCUUUGAUUUCAAAAUAUGGAUUUCAAGAGCAACUUCUUUACUCUGUGCUUGAGGAGCUUGUCAAUAGUGGACGCUUGCGAGGCACUGUGGUUGGUGGAAGGCAAGAUAAAGCUGUGUUUGUCCCUGACAUCUACUCCAAGACACAGAGUGCUUGGGUGGAUUCCUUUUUCAGACAGAAUGGCUAUCUAGAAUUUGAUGCCUUGUCCAGACUUGGCAUCCCAGAUGCUGUUAACUACAUAAAGAAAAGAUAUAAGACUACACAGCUCUUGUUUUUGAAAGCGGCUUGUGUCGGCCAAGGACUUGUGGACCAGGUGGAAGCGUCAGUAGAGGAAGCUAUCAGCUCUGGAACAUGGGUUGAUAUUGCACCUCUGCUGCCCAGUUCUUUAUCAGUUGAAGAUGCUGCCAUGUUGCUUCAACAGGUGAUGAGAGCAUUCACCAAACAGGCACCAGCUGUUGUCUUUAGUGACACUAUUGUAGUUAGUGAAAAGUUUAUAAAUGACUGUGCAGAGCUGUUCAAUGAACUGAUGCACCAAAAAGCGGAAAAGGAAAUGAAAAACAAUCCUGUACAUUUAAUCACUGAAGAAGAUCUGAAACAAGUCUCCGUGUUAGAAAGUGUUAAUACAAGUAAAAAAGAUAAAAAAGACGAGAGGAGGAGGAAAGCAACAGAGGGUAGUGGAAGUGUGAGAGGAGGAGGUGGGGGCAAUGCCAGAGAAUACAAAAUUAAGAAAGUAAAGAAGAAAGGAAGAAAAGAUGAUGAUAGUGAUGAUGAGUCUCAGUCAUCUCACACUGGAAAGAAAAAGCCAGAGAUGACUUUUAUGUUCCAGGAUGAAAUUGAAGACAUUUUAAGAAAACAUGUACAAGAUGCUCCUGAGGAAUUUAUUUCUGAACUUGCAGAACACUUGAUAAGGCCUCUUAAUAAAAUUUAUCUCGAGGUAGUACGUUCAGUAUUUAUGUCUUCAACUUCUGCAUCUGGAACUGGCAGAAAACGCACCAUCAAGGAUUUGCAAGAAGAAGUUUCAAACUUGUACAAUAAUAUUAGAUUGUUUGAAAAAGGGAUGAAAUUUUUUGCAGAUGACACUCAGGCUUCCCUUACCAAGCACCUGCUGAAGACUGUGUGUACAGACAUCACCAACCUCAUUUUCAACUUCUUAGCUUCAGAUUUGAUGAUGGCGGUAGAUGAUCCUUCAACCAUUACAAGUGAAGUAAGAAAAAAGAUUUUAAGCAAAUUGUCAGAAGAAACCAAAGUAACUCUCACAAAACUCCAUAAUUCUCUGAAUGAAAAGAGCAUAGAAGACUUUCUUUCUUGUCUGGAUUCAGCAACAGAAACGUGUGAUAUUAUGCUAAAGAAAGGAGACAAGAAAAGAGAAAGGCAGAUAAUGUUCCAGCAUCGACAAGCACUCGCUGAACAGCUGAAAGUCACAGAAGACCCUGCACUCAUUCUGCACCUCACAUCAGUCUUACUGUUUCAGUUCUCAACCCACAGCAUGCUCCAUGCACCAGGAAGAUGUGUCCCACAGAUCAUUGCUUUUCUUAAUAAUAAAAUUCCAGAGGCUCAACAUACUCUUUUGGUACAAUAUCAAGGUUUGGUUGUAAAGCAGUUGGUUAGUCAGAAUAAGAAGACUGGACAGGGAGAUGAUUCUUUGAAUGAGGAAUUGGACAAAGAGCAGCAAGAUAUCAUCAAUACUACUCGUAAAGAACUGAAGGAACUUUCUUCAUCCGUUAAAGACCUGGUUCUGAAAUCCAGGAAGUCAUCUGUGACAGAGGAGUAAUUAUCUUAAUUUAUUUUUGUUAAGUAGUAAAUGUUUCUCCCCAGAAUUAAAGGUGAGUGGUCACAAAAAAAA